AUGUCAUCAGCAGAAGUAGAUGAUGAAGGAGAUUUGUACGAACUGUCUCUCAUAGAACUGAUAAUAUGGUGUAUUCUAUAUGCCAUCAUAGCUCUCAUGGCUGUUGCGGGAAACUUUUUGGUCAUCUAUGUGACACUGACGAAAUUAAGGACACGCUCAAUCACCACAUAUUUCAUUAUAAAUUUAGGAUUUGCUGAUCUUUUAACUGGUAUCUUUGCUAUCCCAUUCAAGUUUCAAGCUGCACUAUUUCAAGAAUGGUUCUUGCCUUCAUCUUUAUGUCAAAUUGUGCCGUACACCGAGACAGUUUCAUUAUCUGUUUCUGUGUUCACACUGACUGCAUCGGCUAUCCAUGAAUUUCGUACAAUCUUCUUUCCGAAGCACAAACGAAUGUCAAGUCACAGCGCUCGAUUUCUUGUUAUUGUCAUAUGGUUAAUAGCUGGUAUAGUAUCAUUACCUCAUGGCUUAUUUCAUCGUGUCUAUGUCAUGGAAGAUGAUACAACCAAUCUUACUAUAUCACAAUGUCGGCCCGUUUAUGCGGAAGAUGAUUGGUGGAAGAUGUAUAAUGUGUAUUUGACAAUCAUUCAUUACUUCGUACCCAUGAUUAUACUUGAUUCAGCUUAUACAAUGAUAGCUAUUAAGAUAUGGUCCACUACUGUAGGUGGUAGUUCAAUCGAUAAUCGACAACAGAACGUAUCGAGUGAGAUGUCCAAUCGAAAGUUAAUGAAGAUGCUGAUGAUCGUUGUCGCAUGUUUUUCACUCUGCUGGUUUCCAUUAGAAACUUAUCUGUUACUCAACGAAAUUAAACCGGAAAUUAAUGGAUGGAAGUAUAUCAAUGUGCUUUUCUUCUGCUCUCAUUGGCUGGCUAUGUCCAACUCUUGCUUGAAUCCAAUCAUUUAUGGGCUGUACAAUAACAAAUAUAAGAAAGAGUAUAAACGAGUGUUUGGACGGUUGAUUUGUCGAAAAUAUGAUGAUCAUCAUUCAAUUGAAGAACAUCAGAAGACGAUUGAAGCCGAAUUUGCUGCAAAUGUUGUUCAGCGCUCUUGGCUUAAUCCUUAUGCAUCCGAAGGAGUUGUACCCUAUUAUACGGAAACUUUCCAGGUUAUUUUUCUUUCAAAUCCAAAUGACGCCCACAUUUUUCGCCAAAAGUUCAAAAAGUCAUUUAGCAUAGUUGUCCCACUAGAAGAUGCUGGUGAGAAGAAGAAUGGUGACAAUUGUCAAUUACUUAACAAUAAUAGUUCGAGUAAAUGCCAUUUGAACGGAAAAAAGGAAAAUGGAGAUGACGGGCGGAUGCCUUUAGCCGAUGACGAUGAAGAAGAUGAGCAUGGAGACCAACGUGUUCUCUCCAUGAUGGCCGUUUCAUUAUGA